AUGAAUGAUCUCAACAUUAGCGAUAAGAUGGCCUUACGUGAGUUACAGUAUCGUUGCUACAUGACUCAGCAAUUUUUUGAAAAUAUUAAUCUGACGGUACACCGGCCAAGUCAUAAGCCGUACCCGGGUGACAUAUUAUGCGAUCAGACGUUCACCAGUAAAGACGAAUUUGCGGUCCACUUUCCAAUUCACACCGGAGUGAAGCAUCACUCGUGCGAGGUGUGUCACAAAUCAUUCACUCAUAGAUCUAGACUGAUUGAGCAUCGGCGUACGCACACGAGGAAGAAGCCAUACUCUUGUGAUGUAUGCCACAAAUUUUUCAGCAGUAGAUAUUAUAGCCUGAAAGUACACCAGCGGACGCACACGGGAGAGAAGCCGUACUCGUGCGACUUUUGCGACAAAUCGUUCAGUCAGAGAAAUAGUGUGAUUACACAUCAUCGGACGCACACGGGAGAGAAGCCGUACACUUGCGGCGUUUGCAACAAAUCAUACGCUCAGAAAAAUAAUCUGAGAAUACAUCAAAAAAUGCACACGGGAUAA